AUGUCACUCAGCUCUGUGGUAGAAGUGGUUCUAAUGGUGUUUGUGGAGGUCGUAGCUGACUGUGAUGUCAAUAAACUAGCAUAUGUGGAGAGAUUAGAAGGCGAUGCAGCAUUCGUACUAGGAACAGACGUAGUUGAAGUUGAUGUCGAACUUGAUGUCGAACUUGAGACCGAUGUGAUGGCUUCGGAUGGGGACAAAAGAAAAGGGUUUGCAGUUAGUAAGCUGGGGGAUGUGAAAAUCAAGGAGGUGGAACUUAGACCUGCGGUGAACGAAGGAGUAGAAGAGGGAGGGAAAGUUAGAUUAGAUGUGGAGGUGGAACGCGAUGUGAUACCAGAAGUAGAGAUGGAAAAGGAGUUCAUAGUGGGAAGCAAUGUUGAUGUGCUGGACAUGAAGUUUGGGGUAGAGCCCAAAUACGAGGCUGGUAACGUCGUUGGGAGACCUGAGGUGGGCAACACUGCAGAUUUUGUUGGAAAGCCCAGUGCGAGCGAACUCGUAGAGGAUGUACUCGUUGGCAAAGGAGAAGUGGUCAAGUAG